AUGGAAUCAAAAUCAAUUCCAGAAAUUGUUCUAAAUUCAGGUCACAAAAUGCCAAUGAUAGGAUUUGGCACAGGAACUGUACCCUUACCACCACAUCAUGAACUCAUUCCAGCAUUUAUCAAUGCCAUUAAAAUUGGCUAUAGGCAUUUUGAUACUGCUGCUUAUUAUGGUUCUGAGGAACCUCUAGGUCAAGCCAUAGCACAAGCAUUAGAGCAAGGUCUUAUUAAAAAUCGUAGUGAAAUUUUUAUCACUACUAAAUUAUGGUGUACUGAGGCUCACCCUGGCCUUGUUCUCCCAGCACUAAAAAAUUCAUUGAAGAGGUUGGGCUUAGAAUAUGUGGAUUUAUACCUAAUUCAUUUUCCAGUGAGGUUGAGACAAGGGGUUAAAGGGACCAACUACAACCAUGGAGACAUUCUUCCAAUUGAUAUGAAAGGGACAUGGGAAGAUAUGGAAAAGUGUGCUAAUUUGGGCUUGGCUAAGUCUAUUGGUCUCAGCAACUUUGGUGUGAAAAAAAUUUCCGAAAUUCUAGAAUAUGCAUCUAUUCCUCCUGCUCUUGUCCAGGUGGAAAUGAAUGCAGCAUGGCAUCAAGAAAAUCUGAAAAAAUUCUGCAAAGAGAAAGGGAUUCAUGUUAGUGCAUGGUCCCCUUUGGGAGCUAAUGGAGCUGUGUGGGGUUCACUUGCUGUUAUGGACAAUCCAAUACUAAAAGACAUUGCAAUUGCAUCAGGAAAGACUGUGGCACAGAUUGCGUUGAGAUGGUUAAUAGAGCAAGGUUCGACUCCAAUUGUGAAGAGCUUCAACAAGGAGAGAAUGAAAGCAAAUCUUGAAAUCUUCGAUUGGAAGUUAAAUGAUAUUGAUUUGGAGAAGAUUAAGCAAAUACCACAAUAUCGUGCUUUUAAAGGAGAACGUUUUAUCUCAGAAAAUGGACCUUACAAAACUGCUGAAGAACUUUGGGAUUGAAAAGAUAUGAAAUUGAUCAAGAAUACCUUCUUUAUAUUUCAUUCAU